AUGAGGUUGAUCUACUUGUUCGUGAUAAUGGGUGUGGUGAUGGGGAGAGAUGAGAAGGUGAACAUCCCUCAUAUAUACAUCAAGCUGGUGAUGGAUCUUGACAAGCUUCAGAAGUUCCAUUGGGGUCUUCACUCGUAUGACUUCUUGUUGAGUUCCAUUGAGAAGGCUAGGAAGAAGUUGGUUAAGAAGAACAGCUACAUUUUCGAGGGUUUCUCCUAUGCUUUCCAGAUUUGGAUUAUGGAAGCAAUUCCGGAUUUUGGAGAAAUAUGUGGCAGAAGAGUCACAGACAGUUUCAGAGUUCCAAGUUGUAGCAAUUGGAAAGGAGUUGCAAAAGUUUCUAAUGAAGACAUCAUUCAACGUGAGAACUCAUUUACUGAGAAGGGUGACUUGUUCUCGGUCAUCUCAGUGACUGGUAAUGGUGAUGUGUUUUUGCAUGCUGAUUAUACAAGAAAGGAUGAGAUGGAAGAUGAACGAGUGGACUUUCUUCUCAAUAUGAUUAAAAACAAGUUUGAUUGGAGCAAUACAAAAUGGCCAGUUAUAGAACCUGAAGAGACUGAAAUGGAGGAAGCCGAUAUAGAGGAUAUAAAGUCAGAAGCUGAUAAGAGUGUGAAUGAUACUGAUAUUGCAGAAGACGUGGGGACAUCUUCAGUUAAUGUAACUGGAAAAGGCAAGAGAAAAAUUCACGAUGAAGGAGCCGAGACAAGAAAGAAGAAAACGCAAAUGGCGAAUAUGAAGAGCAUGUUUAAAGAGAGAAUGGGAAACAUGGGGAGUGAGGUUUCACAGCUCAGGGAAGCAAUCAGUUUGAGUGCCGAAGGAAGCGUUCCUAAGAGCAAAACCGAUGAAGCUCCACCUAAGAGAAAAACCAUUCAAGCUCCAGCAAAGAAAAAGGAUGCUUGA